GACUCUGAGUUUCUGAUAGCCAGCUUGGACUCCAGUGUUUGCUGUCACGUAAGCUGCAGUCAAAGUACAGUAUUCCUGCCGGCCUGAGAUUUGUAACAAACUGUUUAGCCAGUUCAAUCAGUAACUCUUAACACUCCAGGAGAAGUACUAGUGCAGCAGGAGGCUUUGGAAAGAUGAAAACUAAUUGCUACUGGCAGUGGGCUCUGUUAAUGUCCCUGCUUUGUGUGGUGGGGACUCAAAAAGAACUUCCUCCUGCAGAAAAUGUGCACCUUCUUAAUCCAGAGGAAUACAAACUUGUUUUGAACUUGGACCAGAAAGACUAUCCCAGUGACUGCUUUGAGAUCUGGGAGAGUUCAGGAGGCCAGGCUAGGGAUGGUAUCUACAUGAUCCAGCCUACAAAGUCUGCCCUUGUGGUGUUCUGUGAUAUGCAGAGUGGGGGCUGGACCGUGGUGCAGCACAUCACAGUCAACAGCAGCGUGGACUUCGACAGGACGUGGCAAGAUUACAAGGUGGGCUUUGGGUCAAUCACUAGUGACCACUGGCUAGGAAACGAGUACCUGUACCAGCUGACUAACAAGGGCGGGCAGUACAAACUUGGGAUCAAGCUUGUAGAUAAGGAUGCAGUCACCAAGUUUGGAGAGUAUGAUCCCUUCCGCGUGGAAAGUGAGGAAUCCCAGUACAAGAUCCGUCUGGGACUGUUCGAGGGCACAGCUGUGGAUGCCUUGAGCCAGGACACAGAGGCUUACCUACAUGACAACCAGAAGUUCACAACCAAGGACCGAGACAAUGAUAACUUUUACCAGAAUUGUGCCAAACUGGAGUAUCUCGGGGUACCUGGAGGUGGCUGGUGGUACGAUGCCUGUGCUGGUGCUAAUUUGAACAGACGUAAUGUCAUCUACUGGCAGAAAGAUUGCAACAAAGAGCACAUCUGCAAAUAUGCUUGGAUGAUGGUGAGGCCCACGGAUCGUGUUAAAGUCAUCAAAACAGGAAGCUGUCAACGGGAUGAACUGUAACUUUAUUCAUUCAAACUUCCAUUAUCAGAAAGCCAUUUACUCUGGAUUGAACAGUAAAACUACAAAUGUUUGAACUUCU